AUGGCGGACGAGGAAAAUGCACCAGAGGCAGCACCAGAUGCACCACAAGAAGAAAAGGAAGGCGGGGAAGAUGUUGAAAAAAAACCAGAGGAAGAAGCUGAAAAUGCUGCUGGAGAAGGUUCCCCUGAGGAAAAACCUGCUGAAGAAGCGCCUGUUGAAGGAGAAGCUGCUGCGAAAGAAAAGAAGAAGAAAAAGAAAGUUAAGGAAGAACCACCGCCUGUUUAUCGACGUCUUGAUUGGACUUUUUAUCCCACUUUGUGUGAAAUAUAUAAUUGGAUGGAUGUAAUUGUCGAAAAAUGCCCUAAAGUGGUUACGAAUUUCGAAAUCGGUCGUUCGCAUGAGGGCCGCCUAAUAAGGGGACUCAAAAUUUCUUUUAAAAGUGGUAACAAAGCAAUCUUUAUAGAGUCAAACAUUCAUGCCAGAGAAUGGAUAACAUCCUCAGCGGUUACUUGUGUGAUUAUGGAGUUACUGUUUUCCAAAGAUCCUGAAGUACGUCGAACGGCCGCAGGCAUCGACUGGUAUAUAGUACCAGUAUUUAAUGUCGACGGCUUUGUUUAUUCGCAAGAGAAGGAACGCUUGUGGCGAAAGUCAAGAAGACCUUUAAAAGAGCAAAAGACUCCCGAAUGCAUAGGUGUGGAUUUAAAUCGCAAUUUCAAUCAUCAAUGGGGAAUUAAAAAACAUGAACCUUGCACCGAUCAGUAUGGUGGCAGUGCGGCUGAAUCUGAACCGGAAGUUAAGCAACUGACUCAGUUUAUUGGCACAAUACCGGAAGGUACUCUUAAGAUUUAUAUAGCAUUACAUGCUGCCGGACAAGCAGUACUUACUCCCUGGUCCUAUACGAAGGAAGAACAACCUAAGGACCAUAAAGAACUGAUGGAGGUGGCCAAGGCGUUUGUUGAAGCUGUUUAUUCUCGGUUUCGAACUAGAUAUGUUUACGGUCCUGCCGCAGAAAUUUUGAACGUCGGAGAAUUUUGCGGCACAAGCACAGACUGGGCUUACGGAGUGAAGAAUAUACCAAUAUCACUUGGCAUCGAAUUGCCGGGUAAGAAUACACAAAAACCUUUCGAGUUGCCAACAGAAUCGAUUUUACGUGUAAGCACAGAAUUGCUGGAUGGACUUGUGGGAAUGAUUAAGGCCGUUGGAGAGCUUGGUUUUAUUGAAAAGAUACCCGAACCGCCGAAAAAGGAAAUCAAGCCGAAAUUCGAACGGCCAAAAAAGGCACCUAAAAAAAAGGAGGAAGGUACAGCAGAGGAAAAACCAAAACCGAAACCAAAAUGGGUUACAGAGUAG